CGGCGGGGCCCAGCGCUGCCCCUGACUCGGGUUUCAGACCCUCCCCCAGACUCGGACUCUCUGUGUUGGCGGGCUCCGGGCCCCCUCCCCCCGGGCCCCGGCAGGAGCCCAGCACAGACGCCCCCGCGCGCGCCCCCACCAUGUCCAAGAUGCCGGCCAAGAAGAAGAGCUGCUUCCAGAUCACCAGUGUCACCACGGCGCAGGUGGCCAGCAGCCUCACCGAGGACACUGAGAGCCUAGACGAUCCUGACGAGUCCCACACUGAGGACGUCUCGUCCGAGAUCUUCGACGUCUCCCGAGCCACGGACUAUGGCCCGGAGGAGGUGUGUGAGCGCAGCUCGUCCGAAGAGACCCUCAACAACGUGGGGGACGCCGAGACCCCCGGCACUGUGUCUCCUAAUCUUCUCCUGGACGGGCAGUUGGCCGCGGCGGCGGCGGCCGCAGCGGCAGCGGGGGGCCCCGCCAAUGGGGGAGGAGCUGCUGUUAACACCCGGAGCGUGGCCAGCGGCCCCGCGGCCACCCCCCUGGGCCCAUCGGCGGCGCCCGGCCCCCAGGCGACCUCUUCGGCCGCGGGGCUGGGCUCGGGGGCUGCUUCUCAGACAACCGCCACUUGUAGUUCCCGCUUUCGGGUCAUCAAGCUGGACCACGGAUCGGGGGAGCCCUAUAGACGCGGGCGAUGGACGUGUAUGGAGUACUAUGACCGCGACUCGGAUAGUGCCGUCCUCACCAGGACCGGGGACUGCAUUCGGCACAGCACCACCUUCGAGCCCAGCGCCGACCGGGAUAGCGGCCUGGGCGCCACCGGGGGCUCGGUGGUGGUGGUCUCGGCUGUGCAGGCCACGCAGGGCUCCGACCCGGGCGGGGACGGAUCUAUGGGCUCUGUGUCCCAGGCCCUGCAGACUGAGAAGCUGAACCCGCCGCCGGUGCCCAAGUCCCAACAUUUUGUCGGGCAGCCUCAGCCGCCGCCGCAGCCCAUAGGUGGGGCUGUGCCCCCGGGUCCGGGCCAGACGCUCUACUCUGGACCGGUCGCAGCCAACCAGCCGGUCGGCGGGGGCGCCCCGCAGCAGAGCCAGUCUCCAGGGGCUGCGCCCACUGGCGUCUCGGUGGGACAUAACGGCAAAGGCCAGCAGGCCCCCCCACAGCAGGUGCAGCCCACCGCGGCGGCCGGGACCCCGCCCCAGCCGUUUGCUGCUUAUCCUCCGCCCCCCGUGGCUCCUGGGCAUCUGCUGCCAACUCAGCCUCCUGGCCAGACCGACUACAUGCCCCAGCACAUGGCAACCCUUCAGUCCCAGGGAGCUGUUCAGCAAGGGAGCCCCGCUGCUGCGAGCAGCGCCGGGACGUCCAGUCUUCCGGUGGGCCCGGGCAGUGGCCAGAACCCCUCCUCUGUCGGAGCCCAGAUGGUGGCAGGACCCGCCCAGGCUGGUGAAAUGAGUGGUCAGGCUGGUCUCCCGCAGAGCGGAGCCGUGGUGCAGCCAGGCCUGGGACCCCCCAAAUCUGUGACUCAGCUUCAAAUGGGCGGCAGCAGCGGGCAGGGGGCGGCCAUGCCUGCCAUGGUCCCUGGAGGUCCGAACGUGCCUGCUGCCGUGCCAGGUACUAACGUGCCUAGUGUGGCGACUCCUUCUGUUACUAUGCCAAAUGUCCCUGUUACUUUAGGCCAGCCCCAGCUGAGCAGCCAUACGUCGGGUGGCAGGAGUUCCAGCGGGAUGCAGCAACACGUUGGGCUCCCCUUGAUGCCGGGCACGUCUAAUGUUCCAGCGAGCCUGCCCCAGGCCAAUGUAAGCCAGUUUCAGACUCAGACACAGCCUUUAGCCGGACAGGUUGAUGAUACUAGAAGAAAAUCGGAACCCCUACCUCAACCACCACUUUCUCUCAUUGCUGAAAAUAAAGCUCUUGUGAAGCCUCCCAUUCAGGAUGCCCUCAGCAAUCCCCUCUUACCCGCAACGACUCCUAUGAACAGCCUGGCCAGCUCUGUCUUCGGCAUAGCCAUUCCUGUCGAUGGGGAUGAAGAUAGGAAUCCUUCAACUGCUUUCUACCAAGCGUUCCAUUUGAACAAGUUACAGGAAUCAAAGACCCUCUGGGAUAGUGCAUCUGGGGCAAGCGUUGUAGCCAUUGACAACAAAAUAGAGCAGGCGAUGGAUCUGGUGAAAAGCCAUUUGAUGUAUGCCGUGAGAGAAGAAGUGGAAGUCCUGAAGGAACAAAUAAAAGAAUUAGUCGAAAGAAACUCUUUACUUGAACGAGAGAACGCACUGUUAAAGUCUCUUUCCAACAACGAUCAAUUAUCCCAGCUGUCCACCCACCAGGCCAACCCCAGUAGCACUUCUCCGCAGCAGAGCGCCAUAGCACAGCCUCCACAGCCAACGCAACCUCCGCAGCAGCCGAAUGUGUCGUCCGCCUGACCCCCGCCUCCUCCACGCCGCCCCGCGCCUGCCCGGCCGGCCGCCCGGCGCCGCCGCAGGUGCGUGCUCGGCCUUUUCAGUAUUAGACAAUCAUCCAUUCUCCCCUGGAGAAGCCGCCCGGGGGUCCUGCGGCGGCCGCAGAGGGGCCGAGCCGGGAGGAGCCGCCGGGAGCCGGGCCUGCGCCAGCCGCCGGGCAGCUCCGGGGCUCGCCUUCGCUGUUGUCCAUGGAUUACCUUGAGCCUUCCUGUCUUGUUAUGAGUAACCGUUCAUCUACAGAGCCACCUUUCUUUCAAUAUAAGUAACAUUUGCCUACAUUAGUUUUCAUUUCUUUGUGUUUUAUUUAUUACAGGGCUGCUAUUUUCAUAAUGUACAUGAACAAUGUCACAGAACUUUUUCUUAAUUUUUUAAAAAAAUAAAUGUAAGUAUCAGUAAAGGAAUUGAUAGACGGGAUUACAUUUACUAGAGAAAACGUUUAGGCAAUAAUUGAACAAAAGAAUCCUGGCAUAUUUCUAACACUAAUGGCAAUUUACCUUUGGUAUUUAUUUUCAGUAGUAAAGACCCAGCUUGAAUGUAAAUUUUGUAUAUUGUAAGUAUGAAGACCAUAGUGCAUCUGUACAGGUAGUCACCAGUUAUUGUGAUAUAAUAAAUAAUUGAUGGGCUAUUUUGAUGAAGAAAACUUUGCUCAUUUCUGUUUCUACUUUCUAUAGAGAAAUUGCCAUGAUUCCUCUGCUUUUCAACA